AUGGGGUGCUGUUCUUCAAAAAGAUCUCAAAUAGCUGUUAAACCACCAUUAACUACAAAACCGGAACCAGUGCCGGAACCAGUGACAGAGCCAAGUCCCGUCCAGGAGGAUGAAGAAAAUGACUCUGAUUUUCUUCUCCCGUCAGAAAACGCCGAUAAGGAUGAGUGGCGUGUCAAACAAAAGUCAUUACAGUCGUUUCCAAAAUUAGCUCCAAGAAAUGACAAGUUUAAAGUUAAACAGGAGUUCUUUACACAGUUCAUUCUGUAUGCGUCCUUGACAUCUGCUGAUUUAGUCGCGAAAGUAAACAUACAAUGCACACAAAUCGAGGGUGUAUGUAAAGCAGGCGGAUACCAGCCAGGAGACAGAAAUCUACAAGGAAAAAGUUUAUGGAAUGCUAUAUUUGUAGAAGGGGCAUGGCAAAUAGUCCAUCCUUUCUGGAUCUGUAGAUGCGUUGUCGGUAGACGCACUGGAGGUUGGAUCAAAUUAGAAGCAGGUGGUCAAGCUAUCAGUAAAAGAGAAAAUGAAGCUGUAGGGAUAAUGAAAAACGCAUUUGAAGAAUACUACUUUAUGACAAAUCCAAGUGAAUUCAUCUACAUGUGUCAUCCAACAGAUGACAGAUGGCAACUUCUCCAGACCACAUUGACAAGACAACAGUUUUUAGAUCAGGCUUACCUUCUUCCACCAUUUUUUGGUCUAGGCAUGGUGAUGAAAACAAGGGAUGCGUGCGUGUACCAAGCCAAAGAAGGAGAGGUUUAUAUCAAAUUAGAGGCUCCCGCGAAAAAUGCAAAUGCAAUCGACAUGUAUUAUGAGUUCCUGCUGAAAGAAGAAAGUAAUGUGCAAAAACUAGAGGAACAUGCUCUAUGUUCAACGGACACUAUGCCUCGGUUUGUUGCGUUGAUCAGAUGCGGUGAAAGGUGGAAGAUUCGAGUUCGUUUUCCUGUUGAAGGAACGUAUAAACUACGUUUAUUCGGAGCCCCCAACAAAACACCACUCCUUCGGAUUGCUGUCUUUAGACUCGAUUGUUCGUCGAGAAGAAAGGAAUGCAUACCAUUGCCGAUUGACCCGAAGCAAGUAGGAUUUGGACCCGGACCCACUGUUGAACAAUCUGGAUUAUUGUUUCCGUCACACAGAAAAGGAGAAUAUCCACUUCCCAGGGAUAAGACAAUGAGGUUUACGUUUCAUCUCGAAGAAGAGGCUGUAAAAACAACACAUGUGAAAACCGAUCUACUCGCGUCAAAAUAUGUAAACGGUUGGUUAGAAAAACAUUCUUUAAAAUCAUUUGUUCACACCGAAAUUCAAAGGCAAAAGAGAGAACUAUCCAUCACAUGUAGUAUGUUGGAAGAUGGGGAAUAUGCUCUUACCAUUUCCACAGCAACGACAGAAUCGUCAAAUUCAUACAGGAACGUCUGUAACUAUCUAUUGUCGUCGGAGGUCAAGCCAAUCAAAGAGAACAACUAUGUAAGAUUCGCAAAAAAUGCGCUUCGUAAAGUUUUAGCUGCUGACUACGGCUCCCGACCUGACAAGGAAAUAAUCGAAGAUUUAGAAAAUGUCCUCGAAAAAUGUAGAGGAAAUAAAGUUCCAGAAGGUGACGAAGAAAUGGAAUCCGCAAAGAUCAGGUUGGAGUAUCUUCGUACGAAAAUUGAAAUACACGACGCCAAACUCCGACAGAAUUGGCACGUGACAGAGAAAACCAUUCACCGACUGAUACAGUCACGGUUCGCUUACACGUUUCGUAAGAACAUCGAGGAGUUGACUAAGGAGAGAGACAGACUCGCACUAAAGCGGGAGGAACUGCAGCAGGAUAACUAA